AGGGCUGGUUGUUCGUGGCGAUGGGUUGGGGCAGGUACGCGAGCGGUCGUCUGCCAGACAGAGCUGAGGUGAGCUGCGCUCCGUUCGAUGCUGCCGACGGCGCUAUGGAGACUAACGAUGUAAGCUGAAGAGCAGAUGAGGCUCGCUGCGAGGCAGGUGUGUGAGGGCGAUGCGGAGUGCGGGUGGUUGGGUGACCCGACCCCAGCGCUGGUGAAGGAGUCAUGGGACUGCAGCCUGUCGUCAUCGAAGCGUCCUCCGAGUGUCCCGUGCCCCAGAGCCCUUCACCCCCCUGCGUUACCAUCCUUCCGCCCGACACAGCCGCAUGUGUAUGUGUUAGGCGCUAGCUCUGAUGAGAAUGACUGAGGCUGUGUUUGAGGAGAGAAACUGUGACAGGAUGAAAGUCUUCGAGAGUGACAGCCCUCACCCCGACGCCCCACCCAAACUGCACAGCCCACAGCAUGCGCACGAGAACCAUACUGCACACACCCACCACACAGAAGAGCACACACCUAAUGAGUGUGUGAAAGAACAGAGUGGCUCAGAUCUUAAUAACCAAACACAGCCGCCGCACUCCGCAGCGCAGCCGAUGAGACGCUCUAAGUCUACCGCAAAAGUAAAAUUAGUCCGGAGUUUGGCGGUGUGUGAAGAGUCGUCUCCGCCCACGAUCGCAGAGCCGCUGCCACCGCCGCACCAACACCAGGAUAAAAUACACUUGCAGCUCAACCAGGCUUUAGAAAAAGAGGCAACGGCCAGCAGGGAUGAAGAGCGGAGCGAGAGAGGCGUGGAAAAGACGGAGAGAGCCGACAAAGUGCCAAGGAAAUCACUGUCGAGAGACCCCAGUCAAGAAUAUACAGACUCCACAGGCAUCGAUCUCCAUGAGUUUCUGGUCAACACACUGAAGAAUAACCCCCGGGACAGAAUGAUGCUGCUGAAACUGGAGCAGGACAUCCUAGACUUCAUCAGUAACAACGAAUCUCAGAAGAGGAGGUUCCCCCCUAUGACAUCAUAUCACCGAAUGCUGCUACACAGGGUGGCGGCCUAUUUCGGCCUGGAACACAACGUCGACCCGACCGGCAAGUCGGUCAUCAUCAACAAAACCAUCAACACGAGGAUACCGGAUCAGAAGUUUUCUGAGCAUAUUAAAGAUGACAAGACGGACGAUUUCCAGAAGCGCUACAUACUGAAGAGGGACAACCUCAGUCUGGAUCAGGAGGAUGGCAGGCUGCGGAUGCGGCUGAAGGACGACAGGAGGAGCAAGUCUAUCGAGGAGAGAGAGGAGGAGUACCAAAGAGCGAGGGAUCGAAUCUUCGCACAGGACGGACAAGAUCAUUUUCAGCUUGAUAAAAGAAUUCAGGAGGAUGUAAGCUGCAUUAGCUCUCAGCAGAGGCGGCAAAUCUUCAGGUUGAGAGACGGCCGUUCGGGGAAUAGUCGUCAGAGCAGCUCCGAGAACGAGCCGAAAAGCUGCGAGCCUCGGCCGUGGAGCAGCACGGACUCAGACAGCUCCCACCGGAACCUGAAGCCCGCCAUCACCAAAGCCAGCAGCUUCAGCGGCAUCAGCCUGCUCAUCCGCGGAGACAGCUCAGCCAGCAGCAAGAGCACCAGCAGACUGUCUAAAACAGGUUCCGACUCUUCUAGUAGCGUAGGUUCGUCUACAGGCUCACUCCCUCGCCCCACCCUGUCGUUACCGGUCACGUCAGUGAGCCAACCGUGCCGCGUCCCGACUGCACCUCAACCUGCGCCCCCUCCUUGCGGGCCUGUCGGGGCCAGCACCGGCGCACCGGGCCCCCAGAGCGCCAACGCCAAUACUAGCAUUAGCACAAAUGCUAACACGAGCUACUACCUCCUUCCUCUGGAGGCCACGGCCAUCCCGCCGGGCAGCGUGCUGCUAAACCCUCAUACAGGUCAGCCAUUUGUGAAUCCUGAUGGCAGCGCUGUGGUCUACAACCCCAUCAUGACUACACAGCAGAUGAGGAGCCAGCAGACUUUACCACCUCCUCCACCUCCACCACAGCAUCAGUCCGCCAAUCACAUUCUGACCCAGCAUUGUGGUCAGUCUGUGCAGUACUCAGCGAUUUCUUACCCUCCUCCGCUCCUGCCUGUUCCUCUAAACCAACACUACACUGUGCAGCAGCAGCAGCAAGACAGUCUGGGGAGCCAGUUUAGUCAGAUGACUCUGGCUCGGCAGACUUCAGGUGACCUCUCAGAACCCCAACCUGGACUGUUUCCUCCAUCUAUGGUGCUCCAGAACCCGCCUCCCUCUGGGUACAUCCUCCCCCAGCCAGGCCAGCCUGUCCACGGACCCGCCUAUCCACCACCCACCCCAGUCAACCAGCCCACCAUCAUUCAGCAGCAAGGAUACCUACAGCAGCCUGUGCAGCAGAUGUCAUCAUGCUACUGCGCUCCUGGUCAGUAUUCCCAUUCUAACCAGCACUACAGACCAGUUACUCCAGUACACUACAGCGCUCCUCCAAGCCAACCUGUACCACCGCAGCAACCAGGCUAUCAGGCCGUCAUGCCUGGUCAACCACCCAGCUACCAGAGCAUGAUGACUGUGCAGCAGCCUCAGAGCCAAUCACUGGUCGGGAACCAGGCCGGGAUGCCCAGUCAUAUUCAGGGUGUUAUGGUGCAGUACCCGCCCGUGCCGCCCUACCAAAUGUCUGUGCCGCAGGGCUCUCAGAGUGUUCCUCAGCCAGCCUAUCAGCAGCAGAUUGUCCUGCAGGGACAGACCAAUCAUACACCAGUUCCUUCUGCCAGCAUGCAGGUCUACUACAGCGUUCUACCCCCAGGGCAGCACUCCACUGUUAGCUCAACUGUGGGCUUUCUGCCUCCUCCGGGUUCAGAACAGAUGCAGUUCCCCAGGGCCUCCUCCCCCUGCGGCUCUCAGCCAGUCCCGGGCCAGCAGUGCACAGGUGUACCUCCACCGCACCCUAGUGGCGGCAUGCUGAUGAUGCAGCUGAGCGUCCCUCCCAGCCAGCAGCCCCGUGCUCCAUCUCCCGCCCAGUGGAAACACAACAAAUACUACAGCCUGGACCACCAGCUCCACCACGGCCCCAAACCGGCCGAGCUCACCCCACUCGAUGCCUCUCAGAGUAGUCCACAGCUGGUUAGCCCAUCUCCAUCCCCUGCCCACUCUCCAACUCCAGUCCACCUAGCCAAUCUUAAGGGUAUCCGUCCUGGCCUCGCCCCUCUUCCCAUCAUGCCUCAGUUCUCACGUCCCUUUCUUCCAGGCCAAGGUGAUGGCAGGUAUCCUUUGCUUGGACAGCCUCUUCAGUACAACCCUCCCAUCAGACCUCCACUAAUGCACGGCUCUCAUAUGGUCAACCACCACCACCAUCACCACCACCAGGGAUCUAUGGGUAUCCGUCAUGGGGGACGCGGCAGAAGACCCCCAAAGAAAUCACUGUCAACUGAUAUGAGUCCAGGAGAGAUAGUGACCAGUCGUGUUCUAGAAGUGACGGACCUGCCGGCCGGCAUCAGUCGCUCAGAAGCGGACUCUCUGCUGGGAGAACUGGGCAAAGCGGGAGCUUUCAUCAAGUGGCUGCCGGAGCCUCAGCCGCCCCAGCGCUCUGACUGCGGCAACACGAACUCUGACCCCUCCAAAGUGCCCCCUCACGACCUGGCGUCCACCUACACCAUCCUGGCCACGUUCCCCUCCAAAUACGCAGCGCAGAGCGCACUGCUGAAACUGAACAGCUCCAUCACCACGUUCAGACUGAAAUCCAGCAAGAGACACGACGAGGCUCACACGCUCGAGAGAGCCAGCUCUCAGUGAGGCCACGCCCCUCUUACACUUCCUGCCCAAUCACCACCAUUGCCUCGGGCACUCUUCCUGGCAUCCUCACUCACUACUUUAUUUUUUUGUUUUGUUUGUUUUGUUUUUUUAGCUUUUUUUUUUGUUUUGUUUUAUUUCUUUUGUUUGCACCACUGUGGUGAAAUAUGAACGGGUUUGAUACUGUCGGGGAUUUCACUUGGGUUUGUUAAUACAGGGGGGAAUACAAAAACAUACAAAAAAAAAAGGGCAAAAAAAAAAACAGAAUGGUGUUCUCUAACAGUUUGAAACGGGCGUAAUUAUCCAACUCGAAAUGGUAUUUAAUCAAACCAAAAACAAACGAGACAUGUUUUGCAAUUUUGUAAAGACUGUAUGAUGCUUUACUACGAAGACAGCAUGGUGAUUGGUCAUUCUAGUUUUGUACUGCAGAACAGAAGCUGAGAUGCUUUGAGAUGUUGAGGACAUGCUGACGACAUUAACCCCCCCCGCCUUCAGCUGAUCCCGGACCACACGCACUGGCUU